AUGAAUAAAAAUAACAUAAAACAAGUAGAAACAUAUAUUGCAUUAUGGUAUAAUCAAUAAGUUCGUGUUAAUAUUUUACUAGAAAAAUAAUUAUUUCAUAUAGAUCAGUUUAAUACAUUUCAAUAUGUUAAAGAAAAAGUAUUUGCAAGAAUUAUAAUACUUGGAAUUAGAGAUAGUACAUUUAAAUUAUAAGUUCAUAUUUCUAAAUACCAUCAGUAAUUGAAACCUUUUAAAAAAGCUAUGUUUUUUUUAACUUAAAAUUAUUUACAAAUAUAUUAGAUGGACAUAACAGAUAAACUUUUAUAUCCCUUAAAAUUACUCAAGUUAUAUAUUUUGCUUUAGUUUUAAUAAUUAUUUAUUGUUAUAGAAAAGGAUGAUUAAAUUGAUUAGUUCAUUGUAAUUCAAAAAGAAAUUGAGAGAUAAGUUAUAAACGCAUCAGUAGAAAAUAAAAUUGUUUAAAAUUUUCAUAUGCUAAUUAUUUGA